UCCAUAAAAAGGAGGGUGUGGCACAUCACAUGGCCCAUAACAGUUUUCUGGCCAACCAGCAUUAUCGAAUGCGAUUGCCAAAGGUUAUAUUGGCCAGAGCUCUAAUGCUGGAAUCCUUGAUUGACACUUCAGAGACCUGCCCUCCACCAAGUAAGGACGACCAGCCUUCCGAGCCUACCGAAAAAGACUUUUCUACCUUCAUCACCACAUUCCCAGUUUCCACAGAAGGCCAGCCACCAGGAAAAAGGAAGAGGGUCGCUGCAGGGUUCCCAGAAUCUUCCCAGUAUCUCCAGAGACAGGAACAUCUGCUGUCAAAAUACAUCCAUCAGAAACCAUCAGUCAGGAAAUUGGAUAGGCAGAUUAAGAAGCAGGGGUGGACAGCCAACCAUCCAACUCCAGAAGAGAUCCGGCAGAUGUGGAAACCAGCCUCCAAACUGUCCAUUGAGGGUGAUGCUCACACUUACAAGAAAACAAUUCAGCAGAAUUGGAAAGGCCUGGUCACCCAAGACUUUGGUGGAGAGAAAGGGCUAAGAGUGGUUACAACCAAGCCUUUUGCCGAAGGUGCAGUUGUCUGUGAUUACCAUGGAAUCAUCACCACAGCUGCUGAGGGGAGACAAAUGAUGAGCCACAACUCAGAAGAAGACAUGCGUGGCCUGUUUUUCUUCAGAGCUGGGCAGACGGAACUCUGCAUUGAUGGCCACAGUCCAUGUGAGUGUCACGGAGCCGACACUUUUGGAAGAAGGAUCAAGCAUUCUUCGAAAAAGAGCAACCUGAAGCCACUUCACUGCGUCUUCAACACAGGAGAAGGUGAAAAGCAAGCCAUCCUCUUCAAGGCUGUGAAGGACAUUGACACAAACACUGAACUUUCUUUUGACCACGGUGCCAAGAGGAAGUUCUUCCGAGGAGAGGGCCUGGACCUGAAAUGGCUGGAUGAGUAGAAUAGUCAUGUCGAUGACAGGACUUAACAUCUUGUUGUUACAACAUCAACAGUCCCAGUGUGUAUCCCAGUACUGGAUACCUGCUGGAACUAACAAUGCAUGUACAUGUAUGUAAAUAGUUGUUAAUUGCAUUCAUUUUUUAACUCUUAAAAAAAGUGUGCAUUAAUUAUUUUGUAAAUGUUUUAUUAAAAAAGACACAUGCACACUUAUGUUAAUAGUUGCAUGAUUGAAUACAUUUUCUACUCCUAUAUUUCUUUCUUGGUUUUAUUUUGAUGUUGUGAAUUAUUGCUUUUGAAAAUUCAAUUUAAAAUGACCUCAGCUUGAGCAGGUGAGUAGGUCUUACCUGUACACCAGGCCCAGCUGAACACAAAAAAACAACAAGGGCAAUAAACACAUGUUCACUCUCACUGAGAACAUGUCAGCUCAAAAGGGUCAAUUAGGCCCCCAGACUCUCAGCUCACAUUGCCCUGACACACAUUUCCAGGAGU